AAACUCACACCACCAUCCCUUCCACGCCAAAACAAGACCCGCGAACGCCACCAAUUCGCCUGACAAAACCACCAGUCUCAACCACCACCUCCGCCUCCGUCGCCGCCGCCGCCACCGCCGCCGCCGCCAUGAUCCCUCUCCUCAUCAUCUCCCUCCUUGCUCUCCUCGACCCAUCAGCCCAAUCCGGACCCUCCCUGUCCGUCUCCCCCAAGGUCCUCUCCAAAUCGGGCGACCCGGUCCGGAUCCGAUGGUCCGGCGUCGACUCCCCCUCCGGCCUCGACUGGCUCGGCAUCUACUCCCCGCCCGACUCCCCCCACGACCUCUUCAUCGGCUACGUCUUCCUCUCCUCUGACCCGGCCCACCUCUCCUCCGGGUCGGGCUCCGUCUCCCUCCCCUUGCCCAACCUCCGCUCCAACUACUCCUUCCGGAUCUUCCGGUGGUCCGAGUCCGAGGUCGACCGGAGCCGGCUCGACCACGACCACAAUCCCUUGCCCGGGACGCAGCACUUCCUCGGCGCAUCCGUGGAAGCCGGGUUCGAGCCGGGCCGCGGCCCGGAGCAGGUCCACCUGGCGUACACGGAUCGGGAGGACGAGAUGCGGGUCAUGUUCGUGGCCGAGGACGGCGAGCGGAGGUACGUGAGGUACGGGGAGAGAGUAGGGAAGAUGGGCAAGUCGGCGGCGGCGCGUGCGGGGAGGUACGAGAGGGACGACAUGUGCGACGCGCCGGCGAACGAUAGCGUCGGGUGGAGGGAUCCUGGGUGGAUUCAUGAUGUGGUCAUGAGGAAUUUGAAGGGUGGAGUGAGGUAUUAUUAUCAGGUUGGGAGCGACUCUGGUGGUUGGAGUAAAACGCACAGCUUUAUGCCUAGGGCUAAAGACUCGGAUGAAACAAUAGCCUUUUUAUUUGGAGAUUUGGGAACUGCAACACCUUACACGACAUUCUACCGCACACAAGAUGAGAGCAUAUCGACCAUAAAGUGGAUCCUCCGCGACAUUGAAGCUCUUGGGAACAGGCCCAGUUUCGUGUCUCACAUUGGAGAUAUUAGCUAUGCGAGAGGUUACUCUUGGUUGUGGGACCAUUUCUUCACUCAGAUUGAGCCCGUCGCUGCCCAAGUUCCAUACCAUGUGUGUAUUGGCAAUCACGAGUACGAUUGGCCAUUGCAACCUUGGAAGCCUGAAUGGGCCCAAAUGAUAUAUGGAACGGAUGGGGGUGGUGAAUGUGGGGUACCUUACAGUCUUAGGUUCAACAUGCCUGGCGAUUCUUCGGAACCCACAGGAAUGAAGGCCCCGGCCACCCGCAACCUCUACUAUUCAUUUGAUAUGGGAGUGGUCCACUUUCUUUACAUGUCUACUGAGACCAAUUUUCUUCCUGGAAGCAAGCAGUAUGAUUUCAUAAAGACUGAUUUGGAAUCGGUGGAUCGGAAGAGGACCCCUUUCGUGAUAGUUCAAGGGCAUAGACCGAUGUACACAACCAGCUAUGAAUCUGGAGAUAGAUCCAUUAGGGAGAAAAUGAUGGAGCACUUAGAACCUUUGCUCGUGAAGAAUAAAGUGACCCUUGUAUUGUGGGGCCACGUCCAUAGAUAUGAAAGGUUUUGUCCGAUUAAUAACUUCACCUGUGGAAGUACAGAUCCAGCUGAGGAUAAUUGGGAGGCACUGCCGAUUCAUCUCGUGAUUGGAAUGGCAGGCCAGGAUUGGCAACCCGUCUGGCAGCCCAGACCAGAUCAUCUGAAGGAUCCUAUUUACCCGCAACCUCAAAGGUCGUUGUACCGAGGGGGUGAAUUCGGGUACACUAGGCUUGUAGCUACAAGGGAGAAGCUUGUGCUUUCUUAUGUUGGAAAUCAUGAUGGUGAGGUGCAUGACUCGGUGGAAAUUCUGGCAUCUGGACAGGUUCUUAACAGUGGUACUAGUGGUGCUGAACCGAAGAUAGAGGUGUCUGAGUCCUUUUUCUCAUGGUUUGUUAAAGGUGCAAGCGUGUUGGUGCUUGGAGCAUUUGUGGGGUAUAUUCUUGGUUAUAUCUCACAUGCCAGGAGAAAAGCUGCGUCCCAAAGGAGCUGGACUCCUGUGAAGAGCGAUGAUGCGUGAAUACGUUAAAUUGUUAUGCUGGUCAAUGGAAGAGGGAGCUGGACUCAUGUGAAGAGCAAUGAUAUAUGAAGACUAUAAAUUGUUAUGCCGGUCAAUGGAAGAGGCAGAUGGUGUUUUCUUCUUUGAUAUCUCAGUAUAUUGUACUUGCAAGCAUUCAGGUGUCAGAAUCGCUCAUUUGUAUGUGUAUGGUGAAGGUAGGAUGCCUCCUUGGAAGGAAGUUUGUAUCAUAUGACUUUUCUCUUCUCUGUAAAUACACAGCAUUUAGUAUCCUCUACACGAUUUCGUGUCUUGGGAAGUACUGAACUUAAGAAUAAGUCUUCAUUUCAGCAUGAACGAGAAGUGAUGAAUGGCGAUGCCUUUGUUUUUAUUGUUCAUAUUAAAGAAGCACUGAAUUUGCUAGAA